CGUGUGCGAAGCGCUCAGAAAACUGCGCACGAAACGCAUCGAGAAUCGGUUGGAAUUCAGAGGCCAAAACGCGCGUUUUUCAAAUUCGCAGUAUUUAUGUAUUAUUUGGAAACGCGACUGCUUUUGGUUUUUUCAAGUGGAUAUAAUUGUUGAAAAUCUUGUAUGCCCAGCGGUUUGGGCUUAUCAAUGAGGCAGCUGUAGCAGCCGCUGCCCCCACAAGGCGAUAAGAUAAAAGCGCAUAAUUAAAAGUCGCCGGGCUGCGUCGCUCGCAAAAUGAAUUAAAGGAGACGAGCUGUGAUAAAAUAAUAAAACAAAAACAAAGUUAAGAUUGUUGAAAAAUAAUCGUAUACAUUAAAUACUCGUAUGUAUAAUGCGAUCAAAAUCAGUGACAGAGAGCAACGCUUGACGAACACGAACCGCGUAAACCAUCAAACAAAUUAACUCCAGGAGCCUCUCCCUCCGAGAUGCCCCAGGCUGGCAAAUCACUCCGCCCCAGAAAACGAGGACAGUGCCAGCUUCCGAAUCUCCUGCCGCGGCUGCUGCUCACCCUGCUGCUCCUGAUCCCUAGUCGGGGACUUACGGCGGCGUGGUUCUACGAUGCGGAACCCUCGGGGGGCGGAGCUGGCUCUGAUGAGCACAGCUUCAAGACGCCGGAGACGAAGAACUCGCACAAAUCCCAGACCACUGAGCUGGUGCAGCACUUUCGCACCAACGACGGCCAUGGCAACGUGGCCCACAGGCAGCUGGUAUUCGUGGCACUCCUGCCGUCCGUGGAAUCGGAUAACAAGAACGACUGUAUAAUGCCCAAGGUCCUGCCAGUGCUAGAGCUGGGUAUUCGGCACAUCCAGAGUCUGGGCUUCGUGGGCGGCACUCACUUCGACAUCCAGCUCAUAUCCCGGGACACCUUCUGCUCGUCCAAGUACGGUCCCAUCGGCUUCUUCGAGAUCUAUACCCAGUGGCCAGAGGUUAACGCCGUCUUCGGCUUGCCCUGCGAGUACGUCCUGGCCCCCAUCUCCAGGUACGCCGAUGUGUGGCAAGUUCCCGUCCUCACCACCGGUGGCAAUGCUAAGGAGUUCAACAAGAAAUCGGAAAGCUACUCCACCCUGACGCGACUCAAGGGCGCCCAGGUGAACAAUCUGGGCAAUGUGGUGCGGGCAAUCCUAAACAGCUUCAACUGGACACGCACCGCCCUGAUCUAUCAGAACGAGAACGCCAAGACCAAGGGAAACUCGGUGUGCUUCCUGUGUCUGGCCGCCAUCCACGACACCAUCGAAGAGCACUCGGUCUACCAGCUGGGUUUCGACACCUCAACCUGGACCAAGGCGGACAUCACGCGGAUGCUUAAGAAUGUGGCCAUGCAAACGAGAAUUGUCAUAAUGUGCGCCGAUCCGCAGUCGAUACGUCAAAUUAUGCUGACAGCCGAGGAGUUGAAUAUGAUCGAUAGCGGCGAAUACGUUUUCAUCAAUAUUGAAUUAUUUUCGCGGGUUCCCUAUCUGACGUCCCAGCCGUGGUACGAUAAGAACGAUACGGAUUUGAAUAAUGAGCGGGCACAGAAGGCCUACACCGCCAUGCUGACCGUAACACCCAAACAACCGAAUGACAACGAAUACACGCGAGUCUCCAAUGAGAUCAAAGCCAUCGCCGCGGAGAAAUACAAUUACACGUUCAGCGACAACGAACCGAUUUCAGCAUUCGUCACCUCCUUCUUCGACGGAGUCCUCCUCUACGCCAAUGCCCUGAACGAUAGCAUCCGGGAGGAUCCCUCCAUGCUGACGCGUCCCAUCAACGGCACGGACAUGGUGCGCCGCAUGUGGAACCGUAGUUUCACUGGCAUCACCGGAAACGUGACCAUUGACGCCAAUGGAGACCGACUCUCGGCCUACUCUCUCCUGGACAUGAAUCCCAGCACUGGACGCUUCGAGAUAGUGGCCCAUUUCCUGCACAAUCGGUUGGAGUUUGAGGCCAACAAGGAGAUACACUGGGCAGGAGAUCGCGAGGAGGCGCCACCGGAUCGUCCUAGUUGCGGAUAUGAUGGUGCCUUGUGUCCCGAUAAUUCUCUACCCGGCUAUGCAAUCCUUUCGAUCAUCCUGGGCAGCAUGGUGGUAGUGAUGGCCGUGUGCUUUUUCUUUGGCUAUCGUCACUACAUCGCCGAGGCUGAGAUCAACUCGAUGAGCUGGAAGGUGUCCCUGGAGGAUGUGAUGUUUCGGGACGCGGCCGAGCGGGGACUACGCGGCUCCUUCCACUCUCUGGUGAAGCAGAGCUCCCAGCUGACCCUAAUGUCUGAGGACAUGGUCUCGAUCAACGGCGAUCGGCAGAUCUUUAUACCGGUGGGUAUGUUCCGUAAGAGCAAGGUGGCCAUCAAGCCCAUCGAAGUGGACAACGUGCACGGCCUGCUCACUCGCAGCCUGAUGCUGGAAUUGAAGCGCAUGAAGGACCUUCAGCACGACCAUCUGGUCAAGUUCUAUGGAGCCUGCUUGGACCAGCGUCGCAGCUUCUUGCUAACGGAAUACUGUCCAAAGGGAUCCCUACAGGACAUCCUGGAGAACGAGCAGUUUCAGCUGGACUGGAUGUUCCGACUGUCCCUGAUGCACGACAUCGUGAGGGGCAUGCAGUUUCUGCACAGCUCGGAUAUUCGGUCGCAUGGCAACCUCAAGUCCUCCAACUGCGUCGUGGACUCUCGCUUCGUGCUCAAGAUCACAGACUUUGGACUGCACAGCCUGCGGCGGACGAGGUUCGAUCUCGAGAGUGAUGGCGGCAACUGCAACAGCCACGCCUACUGGAGCAAGCUGCUGUGGACGUCCCCUGAGCUGCUGAGAUUGGAACACCAAAGGGCACCCGAGGGCACCCAAAAGGGCGACGUCUACGCCUUUGGAAUCAUUGUGCAUGAGAUAACCACUCGACAAGGUCCUUUCUAUCUGGGCAAGUGUGCCUACGAGAAAUCCCCACAAGAGAUUAUCGAACUGGUUAAGGGAUAUCAUCCGCAGCGAAUGCAGAAGCCCUUCCGACCAGAGCUGGAGCCCAAUGGCGACACAAAAGCAGACAUCAAUGGCAUCAUUCGACGUUGCUGGGCCGAGGAUCCUGCCGACCGCCCAGACUUCAAUACCCUCAAGUCCAUGAUAAGGAGGUUCAACAAGGAUAAUGAAACGGGCAAUAUAGUAGACAACCUACUGAAGCGCAUGGAGCUGUACGCCAACAACCUGGAGGAACUGGUGGAGGAGCGCACCCAGGACUACCACGAGGAGAAGAAAAAGUGCGAGAAGCUGCUCUACCAGCUGCUCCCACAGAGUGUGGCCGCACAACUGAUCAGCGGACAGCCCGUGGUGGCGGAGACCUUUGACCAGGUGACGAUAUACUUCAGUGACAUCGUGGGAUUCACGGCCAUUUCGGCGGAGAGCACGCCCAUGCAGGUGGUGCAGUUCCUUAACGAUUUGUACACCUGCUUCGAUUCCAUAGUGGAGAACUUUGAUGUGUACAAGGUAGAGACGAUCGGAGACGCCUAUAUGGUGGUGUCAGGCCUGCCGAUACGAAAUGGCAACCAGCAUGCCCGGGAGAUAGCCCGUUUGGCUCUGGCCCUGCUGGAGGCGGUUCACAAUUUCCGUAUCCACCACCGCCCGGAGGACCGGCUUAAGCUGAGGAUUGGCCUGCACACGGGAGCCUGUGUGGCGGGGGUAGUGGGCCUGAAGAUGCCACGCUACUGUCUCUUUGGAGACACGGUCAACACUGCCUCUCGGAUGGAGUCUAACGGGGAGGCCUUAAAGAUUCAUAUUAGCGAAACUACCAAACAGGCUCUCGACGAGUUCGGCACCUUCGUGACCACCCGACGUGGCUUUGUUCCCAUGAAGGGCAAGGGUGAGAUGCUCACUUACUGGCUGGAGGGGGAGGUGCCGCGUCCCGAUAGCCUAAUCUCCCCCAGCAAGCUAAUGCUAACCCGUCGAUCAUCCCUUAAGCAGCCCCAACGCAGUCAGUCUCAUCACCUGCACAAGCAGUACUCCGAACUGGUAGUGGCCUCACCCCCGCCCCAGAUGGUGGCCACGCCCACCAUUGCCCUGCCACCGCCGCCCACUUCCCUAUCCAAGGACUCGCCCAAUCUUCGGGUGAAGCGCAAAAUCAGCUCCAGCUCCCCGAAGCUGAAUGGCAGUAGCUUCGACUAUCACAAGACUGAGAAUUUGUAUCUGGAGCCCCAGCAGCGCCAGUGCGACAUCUACAGUAGCCGCAGUCUGCGGGACAUGGAGGAGACCUCCGACAGCUGGGAGCUGGCCCACUUCCGGCUGCCCCUAAGUGGAGCCCUCAAGAGCCACCAUCACCUCAACAACAACAAUAGUCAUAACUAUGCGCAAUCGAAUUCUAGCUCCAAUCUGAGCGGCAUCCUGCAACCGCCGCCGAUGAUGAUGAUGGGUUCCAGCAGGGGCGCCCGGCUAAAGCCCUCGCCCACGAUCUCAACGCUGCUGACGGGCGCCAGGGCAGGAGAUGCCGCAGAAACCGGAAGCAUUGGCAGUGGCCAGAUAAGGAUCAAGUUUGCUGAAGGAGAUGAGGCACCCUUGCUACCUGCAGUUCCUCCGCCCACAGCUUCACCGUCGCUGCCUCUGAACGCUAGUCCCCAGAGAAGUGGCAGUGGAAGCGGGAGUGGCAGCAACUGCGGCAGCACUAGCGUUGUAAACCAAAACAUUCCGCCGGAGGGCAAUCACUACGGCUACCUGGUUAAAAGUUUCAAGCAGCAAUGUCCCCCAGUGGCGGGCAGUGGCGUCACCCAGCCACUCCUGGCAAAGAUCAACUCGUAGCUAUAAGCCAGUGGUGGGGGGCAGUCAAAGUCCGCCCCCCACCCGCACACCACCCACUCGUAAUCAUAUGCAUAUUAAAGGUACUUGUUUGUGAUAAUAAGUUAAACCCAAGUUGAACAAGUUAGCGGUUAAAUUCUUUAGUCGACCGAAUCAAAUUCGAAAUUCGUACGGAAAAUCUUCUGAAAAUGUUAUUUAGCGUUUAAUUGUCCUUUCCUUUUACUCAUAAGUAGCGAAUUUUAAAUGUAAUUAAUCGAAAAAGAAGAUUUAAAAAACAAAACUCGAUGUAUAUAGAAAAGUACUCCCAAGACCGAUUUGUUCCUUGCACUUUGAAUAUUAAUUUUCUCCAAACUCGGAAACUUAUUUUAAAGUAGAUAUUAGCUUAAUUGUUAAGCGUAGGCAAUUUGUGAAAAUUUCGUGUAAGUAAAGUAUUAGAUGAAUAUGAAUAUUUAUUUUUAAAAUUUACGAAUAACAAACUCUGUGUAAACUAUUAAAUACAACUAUUAUAUUGCGAUUGAAA